AUGCAAGCUAUUUAUCUAUUUUAUAUUUCAUACAAUUAUUUUUUCGAAUGUUAUCUGCUAAAUUCUGACCCGACGCAAACAAUCAUGAGUGUCAGUCGAACACUUAGCUUAACUGGUAAACAUCAUUUAUGGAUCAUCUCUCAAGCUUCUCGCUUGGCUUCAACAAAUGCAUGGUGGUCAAAUGUUGAAAUGGGUCCACCUGAUGCUAUUCUUGGUGUCACUGAAGCCUUCAAACGAGAUACUAAUCCGAAGAAAAUUAAUUUGGGUGUUGGCGCCUACCGUACCGACGAAGGCAAACCAUUCGUUCUUGAAAGCGUGAAAAAGGCAGAAAAAUUAAUUGAAAAAGAUAAUCUUGAUAAAGAAUAUGCACCAAUUUCUGGCAUACCCGAAUUCUGUCAAGCAAGUGCUAAAUUGGCUUUUGGUGACAAUUCAAAGGUUGUCAAAGACCAAUUAUUUGCCACCGUUCAAGGCAUCAGUGGAACAGGUUCUCUUCGUAUUGGUGCUGCUUUUCUUGCAAAAUUCUUUCCUGGAAAUAAAGUUGUCUACCUUCCAAAUCCAUCAUGGGGUAAUCAUACGCCAAUCAUGAAACAUGCCGGACUUGAUGUUAAAUCUUAUCGAUAUUACGAUGCCAAAACAUGUGGUUUCGAUUUCAACGGCGCAAAAGAGGACAUUUCCAAAAUCCCGGAAAAUUCCAUUAUUCUCUUUCAUGCUUGUGCUCACAAUCCAACCGGUGUGGAUCCACGUCCUGAACAAUGGAAAGAAUUAUCUGCCAUUGUUAAACAACGAAAAUUGCUCGUCUUCAUGGAUAUGGCUUAUCAAGGUUUUGCCAGCGGAAAUAUUGAUGAUGAUGCAUUCGCAGUUCGACAAUUCGUCGAAGAUAAACACAACUUAGUUUUAGCUCAAUCGUAUGCGAAAAAUAUGGGUUUGUAUGGUGAGCGUGUGGGCGCUUUCACAGUUGUUUGUGAAAACAAAGAUGAAGUCGAUCGAGUUAUGUCCCAAUUGAAAAUCUUAAUUCGUCCCAUGUAUUCAAAUCCACCAGUUCAUGGUGCACGUAUUGCCGCGAGAAUCUUAACUCAACCAGAUCUUCGUUCAUUAUGGCUGAAAGAAGUCAAACAAAUGGCUGAUCGUAUCAUCACCAUGCGCACACAAUUAGUCAGUAACUUAAAACAGAAUGGAUCUAAAAAGAAUUGGCAACAUAUUACCGAUCAAAUUGGCAUGUUUUGCUUUACUGGACUUAAUCCUCAACAAUCUGACCGAUUAAUAAAAGACUUCUCAGUUUAUUUAACAAAGGAUGGCCGUAUUUCAAUGGCCGGUGUCACCUCGAAAAACAACGCAUAUCUGGCAAAUGCAAUUCACGAAGUCACCAAAUAG